CUCUUCUCCCUCUUCAUCCUCUUCAUCUUCGUCCAUCAAAGACCAAUCCAUCUCCGUUUCGCCUUUUCUCCAUCUCCCGGACAGCCUUGUCUCUGAUUUAUCCACCCGACCCAUCAUGAACUAACCUAACUCCCUCUGCCCUUCACCAGCCACGCCUCCUGCUGCUAUCCUGCUUUCGUUUACCUCCGUCUGUCCUCCCAUUCUUGCGUCGAUUCUUUCUUACCAUAUCCAUUCAUUUAUUCCAGCAUCCGUUUAUUCAGAGAUAGAUUUGCAGCCAUUGGUUCGUUUUGUUUAUUCUGUUUAAUUUUAUUUCUUUUUUGCUCCAAUUUUACCCUGUCUCCUGUUGUCUCGACCAGGAGAAAAUCCCGCCCGCGUAACCCAAGGGGCCCCGGUACCUGGUCCUAACCUUCUCAGGUUGUUCACCCACGCAGACCUCACGUCACACUCCUCUCCUGCUCUCCUCCUGUCUCUCCUUCCUCUUUUGUCCGCCCUCUCCCAACCCGCCUAUGCCGUCCCUCUCCAACCAAGUCCCUCGUCAAAUGGCCAGCACAGCAUCCGCCACCCGUCCUCGCUCCUUGGACCCGCCGCAGGGAAAAUCGCUCGACAAAGCGUCCGUGAGAAAUACCUUUCUUUGGACGAACUGGCCUAAUGGUGACACUGGUCACCUCGACGCCCACCACUCUGAUCGACAGUUUCUCACUAAUCUGAAGGAUGGUAGUGUCUACUCCUUGACUGCUCCCCGAUCCAGUGUUAGCUCCUAUACACGAGAGGCAUCGCUUUCCAAAGACAGCAGUUCACACUCUCUGGGUAAUGGGUCUCAGCGAGACAUGAAGGACAGUGGAAGGGGCUCCGUCACACUGGACAGGGACUUGGCACGGAAGUCUUCUGACACGGGACAUGAUGUCGCUUCGGUUACAGCCUCCAUUGCCAGCCAACCCGUUAAUGGGACAAUGCCGCCCGCGCCACGGAAGACCUUGGUCAAUGGCGACCAAAACACAUUUGUCGACCGGCUCGCGCUUUCCGACACCGAUGUGCCCAGAUCGUCGACAACCCGCUUGUCGUCCUCCCAGCCCGAACCCCGCAGUUUCUUGUCUCCUGACGUGGACGGCUUUCCCUCGAACAAGGCCUCAACAGUUCACCGGUACUCGUCACCUCCCGCUCCUCCAUCUGGUAUGGAUGGCGGUCAGUUCCAGGACCCAACUGCAUCAACGACUUCCAACCUUCGAAACCGGAACACGCUGCACCCGCGACGGGGAUCGGUCGGCCGUCGGAACAGUCGUGAUCAAUCCGAUGAUACCGCUUACAGUACCGCUCGGCGGACAUCACAGAGCUUGAUGAGACGGUCUACGAGAACCAACAACUCUGAUUCACACCCGGACGAUGCUAACCCGGACGAUGAUGCAGCGCGCUGGGCGAAGGCCGUUAAGCAGCAGAGGCAAUAUAAGAGAAAGCGACGCGAUGAAGAUGAUGACGAUCGUGUCAUUGUAGGGACCAAAGUUGAUCAAAACCAUGUAAAUUGGGUCACUGCAUACAACAUGCUGACAGGGAUACGAUUCACCGUGUCAAGGAUCAAUGCAAAGAUGGAUCGCGAGCUCACCCCUGCUGACUUUCAAGCAAAACACAAGUUCUCUUUUGAUAUAACCGGAAACGAAUUAACCCCCUCGGCCAAGUACGAUUUUAAAUUCAAAGACUAUGCGCCCUGGGUGUUUCGGCAUUUGCGAGCAAAAUUCAGACUGGACCCUGCCGACUACCUAAUGUCACUCACCAGCAAGUAUAUUCUUUCGGAAUUGGGCUCGCCAGGAAAGAGCGGAAGCUUCUUCUACUUCUCGAGAGAUUACAAGUAUAUCAUCAAGACUAUCCACCAUUCUGAACACAAGUUGCUUCGGAAAAUUCUUCCCGAAUAUUACAAGCAUGUCGAAGAGAACCCGAACACCUUGAUAUCGCAAUUCUAUGGACUGCACCGUGUCAAAAUGGCAUACGGCCGAAAAAUUCACUUCGUCGUCAUGAACAAUUUGUUCCCACCUCAUCGGGAUAUCCAUCAGACGUUUGACCUCAAGGGGUCCACUAUUGGACGUGACUUAAGUGAGGAUGAUCUCAAGAAGAAUCCUAGAGGGACCAUGAAGGACCUGAAUUGGAUCCGAAGACACCGGCACAUCGAAUGUGGCCCGCAGAAGCGGGAGGUUUUCAUCACUCAGCUCAAACGAGACGUCGAGCUUCUAAAGAGGCUCAAGAUCAUGGACUACUCCCUUUUGGUUGGUAUACAUGACCUUGAGAGAGGUAAUGAUGAGAAGCUUCGGAAUAAGACCCUGCAAGUAUUCCAGCCAGUCGGUGACCGAGAUGAAGAUUCGAAUCCGAAUGUGCUUAUGCGCACUCCUUCGAGGUUGGAGAACGAACGCAAGGCUCGCGAACUUCGAAUGCUUAUCCAGCGGGAGCGACCUGUUCCUCUUGAUCAAGCGGCCGCAAAAAUGCCCGACGAGAUUCUCGAUGAAAGGAAGUCUCAUAUUUUCUAUUCUGACGACGGGGGUUUCAGAGCUACCGAUGAGAAUGGCCAAUAUCGGGAUGAGAUAUAUUAUCUAGGAAUUAUCGAUUUUCUGACUCAUGUACGUGAACCCUGUUGUUAUUGUCUAUAUUCUCCCUGCUCCCUCCCCGGCUCCUGCUCCUUUUACCUUUUCUUGUUAGGUUGCCGUGCCGUUCCGAUGUAACUGACGUCCGCAGUAUGGAAUGGUGAAAAGGAUAGAGCAUUUUGUCAAGGGCCUUUCUCACGAUCGGACACAAAUUUCGCCAAUCCCCCCGCAAAGUUACGGCGAACGGUUUUACAAGUUUAUCGAUGCCAUAACCAUGUCCAAAGAAGAAGCAGACCGCCGAGAGCAGUCUGCUGAUCACAAUCGUCGAUCAUCUUCCGUUGAAAGACAAUUGCAGGCGGCUGAAAAGCAAGCGGCCAAGGAGCCGCACCCUGCGCAUUCUCGGACGCUGUCCACAGUUUGGACUCCUGGAGACGCUGAAGCCGGUGCCUCGGCACUUCCUAUUGUCGAGGAGGCCGGCGAGUCUAGCAGUACUGGAGGACAGAGUCAACAUGGUGAAAAUUGGCCUCUUCCCAAUCACGCAGAGAAAGAUUUGCCGCCCCUUCCCAAUGAAGGUAGUUCUCACCACUUCCGUCACAUGCCUCACCAUCUUCACCACAGCGUUGAAGGGAAGGGGAAAGGAACAAGAGAAAGCGAUGACUCGAGACGACCAUCGGCAGACCAAUAGAACCCUGUCGACUGCAAAAUUUCAGUACUCGCAGACAUGUCUCGUAUUCUGUUCAUGAAUUCUCGCUUGUUUCGCUAUAUUCGCUUCUGCCUAGUGCCAUAAUAUUCGGGUGUCGUACAUUACCUUGUUCUUCGUCUCAUCAGCACCGCUUUAGCGCUAUGCUUCUCUGUUUCCGAGUUAGAAAUCACUCCGGCGAGAGUGUUGAUGUUACCAUGAUUGACAUACGCUUUACUUGAUAAUUGGCGAUCUCCGUCUACCUUCUUGCCUAGACGGUCACUAUAUUACCCAUUUUAUUCAGACUUACUAUUCCUUUUACCUCUGCCGUCUGAGACAGGAACGGCCGGAUCCGUCUACGACGGGAUACAUGCAUUGCAUCAAAAGCUCUUGGAAAUGCAAGUCGACUUUCGUUUGUCUCUUCUUCGCCUCUCUCGAGUCACUCUUUUUCUUUACUUCUUUUCUUGCUAGCUUUGUUGCUACCGUGUGAAUUACCCCUGCAUUGCGUUGUAUUAUCUCGAUUGUUGAUUUUAUAAGGGCAAGCCGCAUCAGCAUCAGCCUCCUACCACUAGCAGUGUGGCUAAGCCAUUCUUGUGUUCAUCUCUUUUUGAGAACGCGCUUUUCACAUCCCUUCCUUUUUCAUUUUCCUUUUUCACCUUCCUGGUAUCAUGAUACCUCGUACAUCAAGUCACCCAUGUAAUAUGUUGGAUUUUGUUGUCUGACCAGUUCCUUUGGUUUACCGCUACCCUUCUCUUGACAUUUGUCACCUUGCCCUUUAAUAAAUCAUUUCCUUUUUAGCGUGACAUGGUAAUUGUGUGAUUCUCUUUUUUUUCGCCUGGUUCUCUCUUAGUUGCAUAUAUGGGAGGGGCAGAGAAACAGGAUUCUUGUUUCGGUCUUUUCAUGAUUUUGAGGGAGUUUUGUCUAGAUGAUUGAUAGAAGAAACCCAACACAAUAAGCAGAGACCUGGUUCUGGCUUCCUUUUCUUUCUGACACUUAUUAUUUUACCUGGCUGUUCAUGAAGGACAAGGGAGAAUGUGGAAGAAAAUGGCCACGCAUAGAGCACCUCAUUCGGUUGACUUUUUUUUUUUUUGUUCAAAUGGCAU